AUGAUUUCAACUGGCGUUCUUGCUGAAAAACUUGGAGCAAUCAAUUUGACACCACCUGAAAGUGAAGAGAAAAGUGAAACCGAAGCUUCUCUUUUCUACAAUGAAAGAAAAUCGGUGGUAAGUUCAUUUGUGAAUAACAUUUAACAUUAGUUUUAUGGAUCGUAUUCUUUUAUUCUUAGAACUCUGACAACUCGAUCUUAUCUCCUCCACCAAUUACAACAACAUUGUUGAAAAAUCAACAAUCCGAAUUCGGAGGAUUUUCUGCUCCUUCUCCUAUUUUUGGUUCUGGUGAUGCACCUUCCUCGAAGCGCUUCACUCAAUAUCGUGAUGGACAAAGGCAAAAAAUCCUGAAAAUAUCAAUGUGCGAAACUUUGUUUGUUCCUGUAAAAAAAUAUCCAAAGUAUAAUUUUGUUGGUCGAAUUCUCGGGCCUCGUGGAAUGACUGUAAAACAACUGGAAAAAGAAACCGGCUGCAAGAUUUAUGUGAGAGGAAGAGCGUCAAAUAUGGCGGUAAGCAAAUUCUCAGAUUCCUUAACUCUUGAGAAAAGAAAAUAAUUGGUAUCAAUAAUCUGACAAAAUUUCAGUUCAAUCCUCAUACGAAAAUGUUACGCGGUGGUGUAAUUUGUAACAAGUCAUCACUAUCAACAAUAUCUCAAGGUUCACUUACUGAUGAGCCACUUCAUGUUGCAAUUGAAUGCUACGAUUAUCCAGGUGUUGUUCAGAAAAAAAUGGCGAAUGCUGUUGCCAUAAUUCAAGAACUUUUAUCUCCGCCCGCUGAUGGAAAAGAUGAAUUGAAACGUCAACAACUUGUCGAUAUUUCGCUCAUCAAUGGAACUUAUCGUCCAACUUCAACUGGUUCGGCAAGUAGCCGUAGCAAAGUUGUCGAUCCAACAUUGAAUCCGAUUGAUGAAAAGUCGGCAGUUUAUCGAAUUCCUCAGCGUCGAACUUGGUGUAAACCUCGAGGUCCGGAAGGAAAUCCAGAAGAAUUUGCGAAAUCUGCAUCGUCUCGCGAAUAUCUCAUGAAUAUUGUUAACAAAACAUCACAAUCUGGAGUUGGAGAUGGACAAAACUUGUCAACAAAUGCUGUCAGCGAAAGAUUGAAGUGAGUUCUAUUUUUUAUUUUUCUCUUGCUGUGAGUCUGUUCCAAAAUUGUCGUUAUUUUCCCCUUUGAAACUGCAGUUUGUACCUAAUUCGCCAAAGUUCUCUAAAUUUGUUUGUCUCGUAUGUAAGCUAAUACAAAAGUCUCCAUCUGGUGUUGAUAGCGAUCUUCCAUUUGAAUAUCUGACUCGAACCUCAAAUUCUUUCAUAAAUAUCUCAAUCAACAGAAUUGCCAAUAGUUUGCUUGAAUCACACCAAAUUAUUUCAUAUGGCGUCGAUAUCGAUGAGCCAGUUCAAAAACCAUUACAAUUUUUGUCACCGGUUCAAAUUCCACAACAAAACUAUUAUCAAUCACCGCAAUACAUGCAACAAUAUUAUUCAUCUCCACCACCACCACCCCCACCUCAAAAUUAUCCGCCAAUUCCACCACAACCAAAUCAAUCAGCGGUUUAUCCACUCCCUGGACUUGUUUAUAUGCUUCCGGAUGGUUACAAUAAUAACACUGAUUACGAACAUUUCUUGCAACAUCCACAUCAUCAUAGGAAUUACUAA